CAACGUAGUCCGGGCUACGAGGAUGAUUUACGUUCACACAUUGUUGCGUCUUCCAAGACACUCGGGAUAAAAAUGGCAACAUCAUCUUCAGCUUUCACACUUCUGUAGAGUAAAGUGCUUUGGGGCUUGUUGUUUUUUAUUUUGGUCCUUACUGUGCGCAAUAAUUAAAGAAAUCGUCAACUUAAAAGCGGCGAGCAAGUUGGGCGUGAUUUACUGAGGUGAUUAGUUGUGACUUCAGAUUAUGGCCUACACUCUAGGCUCAGCCACUGAGGGCCAGACACGCAGUGUUGGACCUCAGCAUUGCGUCACUCGGGUAGAGCUGUCCGUCACUGCAGCCAACCUGCUUGACCGGGACGUAGCCUCCAAGUCAGACCCCUUCUGUGUGCUCUUCCAUGAAGUGGAUGGAAACUGGGUGGAGCUGGGCCGCACUGAAACAGCUGUAAACAACUUGAAUCCAGUGUUUGGAGUGAAGUUUAAGGUGGACUACCACUUUGAGGAGAUCCAGAAACUUCGCUUUGCCAUGUUCGAUGAAGACAAGUGUGCCACGCAGCUCUACGAACAUGACUUUCUGGGAGAAUUCAUUUGUACGCUGGGAGUGAUUGUAUCCAAUAAGAAACUUCACAGACCACUGAUCUUAGCCAAUGGGAAGCCAGCUGGGAAAGGAUCCAUUAUGAUAACAGCUCAGGAGCUGUCUGACAACAGAAUCAUCACUUUGACCCUGAGUGGGCGUAAACUGGAUAAGAAGGACUUCUUUGGGAAGUCAGACCCCUACCUGGAGUUUCACAAACAGGGAGAAGACGGUAAAUGGAUGCUGGUGCACAGGACAGAGGUCAUAAAGAACACUCUAGACCCAGCAUGGAAACCUUUUACUGUGCCUCUCAUUUCCCUCUGCGAUGGAGAUGUGGAUAGAAACAUCAAGGUUCUGUGUUAUGACUAUGACAAUGAUGGAGGCCAUGACUUCAUAGGAGAGUUUCAAACCACUGUUACCAAGAUGAGUGAAGCCCAGAACUCAGUGGAGGUGGAGUUUGACUGCAUCAACCCCAAAAAACAAAAGAAGAAGAAGAAUUAUAAAAACUCUGGAAUUAUCAUUGUCAAGUCAUGUAAGAUUACAAGGGACUACACUUUUCUGGAUUACAUACUUGGAGGAUGCCAGCUCAUGUUUACUGUCGGUAUCGACUUCACAGCAUCCAAUGGGAACCCUCGGGACCCGUCCUCCCUCCAUUACAUCAACCCACUGGGCAGCAAUGAGUAUCUCGCUGCAAUCUUAGCUGUGGGUCAAAUUAUACAGGACUAUGAUACCGACAAAAUGUUUCCUGCUCUGGGAUUUGGAGCGCAACUCCCGCCAGACUGGAAGGUGUCACAUGAAUUUGCCAUCAACUUUAACCCCACCAACCCCUUCUGUUCAGGUGUGGAAGGCAUUGCCCAGGCCUACUCUGCCUGUCUCCCUCACAUUCGUUUCUAUGGCCCAACGAACUUUGCUCCAAUUAUCAGCCAUGUAGCACGUUUUGCUGCCCAGGCCCUUCAACAAGAGAAAGCAGCGCAGUACUUCACUCUCCUCAUUAUAACAGACGGUGUCAUCAGCGAUAUGGAUGAGACACGUCACGCCAUCGUACAGGCGUCUAAGCUACCCAUGUCCAUUAUCAUCAUCGGUGUGGGCAAUGCAGACUUCGCUGCCAUGGAAUUCCUAGAUGGAGACGUCAGUGUUUUGAGGUCCAACACAGGAGAGGAGGCUGUUCGAGACAUUGUGCAGUUUGUCCCUUUCAGGGAUUUCCGUAAUGCACCCAAGGAGACUCUUGCAAAGUCGGUCCUGGCUGAGCUGCCGCAGCAGGUCACCCAGUAUUUUAAACAGCGGAAUCUCGCGCCCAUCAACCCGGCACCGGAGUGAGACGUCCUGAAGACGAGAGUCCACAUGCUGUACAAUAGCUCAGCAAAACCUCUCUUUUCCUUUAUGGCAAUCAAUACAGAUUGAAAGUGUGUAUAUACGCUGUGAACAAAAAUGAGUUGUGGACAAAAAAAAAAAAAUCAAACAUUGAAGACAUCCCUGCAAUUUUAUUUGCAAAGUCUAUACUGCUCAAGGAAAGUUUGGUCAGUAUCCAGUGUGAAUCCAUCAUAAGUGAUAUUCUCUGUUUCUUAAGCUUUCCAGUAAACAGAUCUAUGAUGGUAAUGUGUAAAGGACCUUGCAUGUCUGAAGUGAUGGCAGGUGUCUCCAUAUGUUUAUAUGAAUAUGCAGGUAAAGCACUGCUCUUUUUUAGAGGAAUGAAAAAUAUCUCAAUUCAUCAGAAUAUUGGGGGGGGUUGUUUGUUUUGGGGGUUUUUUUUGUUUUGUUUUUUUUUGCCUGUGUGUCUUGUGUCUGAUACCAUGUGAUACAUACAACUCCUUGGUGUAAAGUCCCUUGUAAGCUGAACUAUAUCAGUGGUUGAUAUCCCGUUGUCUUAUGGAUCCUUCUGAAGUAGCAGAUCAGAUGAAGGCUGCUUUUAUGCUCAUGCGUGAUGGACUCGCAGAUUGAGUCUGAAUAGAGCACUCUUUCUUAACCCCUGCUCCAUUUCUUAUAACCUUGGUUCAUCCUGCAUGUUGCCAAUAUCUACUCACUGUUUACAAAUUGAUGCUGAUGAACACAAAUGCAUGAUUUUUUUUUUCAAAUGUAUUUAACACAUUUUGUAAAUAUUUUAGUGAGAUAAUGUUGGAAAGCAAAGGAAGUACAUCUUUCUUUACAUGGCAAAGAAGAAUGUGUCAGAGAAGGCUAUUUCUGUCAGAGUUUUAAUGAGCAGAAGCAGACGAGAAGUUUCUGAUACGCAUAGAUAUCGAAUGUAUAUUUAUAUGAUGCUGUUGAUGUUCUGAUAAGCCAAUGUUUUUAAUGUACUUUUUAUGCAGUGCUGAAUUGUGUACUUAAACUGCUACUCUGUGUAUUACUGUGCAUCUUUGUACUAAAUGUGAUAUAAAUUUUCUAAAGUUGUGUUUAU